AUGGCGUCAAAGGCCAUGUGGGAGAUCGAUCCCGACACUCGCGCAAAGCUCCUCGCGAUCCAGAAAACGAAUAACAACAACAACUGCUGCGACUGCAACGCCCCGAACCCGCAAUGGGCGUCCCCGAAGUUCGGCGUCUUCAUCUGCCUCUCGUGCGCCGGCGUCCACCGCGGCCUCGGCGUCCACAUCUCCUUCGUCCGCUCCGUCACCAUGGACGCCUUCAAGCAGGCCGAGAUCGAGCGCAUGCGGCUGGGCGGCAACGCCGGGUGGCGCGCCUUCUUCGAGGACCACGAGGACACCAAGAUGCGCGGCCUGAGCUGGGACGACGCCACCAUCGCCGAACGGUACAGCGGCGAGGUCGGCGAGGAGUGGAAGGAGAGGCUGAGCGCCAAGGUCGAGGGCAAGGAAUACGUGCCCGGCGAGCGCAAGUCCAGCAGCACGCCGCAGCCCACCGCGAGCAGCAUUUCCGUGAAGCCGCCCUCGAGGCAGAUUAGUAGAUCUGGGACCCCGCUGAGCGGCAGCCGGACAGAGAGCCCGCCCGCCUUUGGGUCCGCCAGUGGUGGCAAGGCUAAGGUCGACGACAGAUACUUUGCGCGCCUGGGCGAGGAGAACGCCUCGCGGCCGGCCGAAUUGCCACCUAGUCAGGGAGGCAAGUACGCCGGCUUCGGUAACACGCCCGGGCCGGCGACGGGCUCAGGUAGCGGUGGGGGAGCGCCCGACUUCUCGGAACUGCAGAAGGACCCCGUGGCCGCGCUGACCAAGGGCUUUGGCUGGUUCACGACUACGGUGGGCAAGACGGCCAAGGGCAUCAACAACGACUUCAUUCAGCCUACGGCGAAGCAGAUCUCGGCAUCCGACUUCGCGGCACAGGCCCGCAUGGCGGCCGGCAACGUGGGCAAGGUGGCGCAGGCCGGGGCCGUGGGCGCGCAGGAGCGGUUCACGCGGUUCGUCGAGGGCCCGGACGGCACGACGCGCCAGCAGCAGCAGAAGUCGCCCGUCGACGAGACCAAGAAGGACUUCUGGGACGACUUCUCGGCCGUGGCGGACCAGAGGCACGGCACGGGGCCCCAGUACAGCUCCAUCGGCACGUCGGCCAUGGGCAGGGCGCCGGCCAAGAACAGCAACGCGGCGGCGCCGGCGGCGAAUAAGAAGAAGGACGAUGAUGCGUGGGAUGAUUGGUGA